AUGGAAACGAAAUUCGAAAUUAUUCUGUUAUGUGACAGUUGUCUGCGUGGUAACACGGAUUCCUCAGCAAAUGCUUUUUGUCUUCAGUGUAGCGAAAGACUUUGUGAUAACUGUAACAAACAUCAUAAGAGGAAUAAAGCUUCUUCAAGUCACACUAUCCAAAGUAUCAGCGACGUGAAAGAUGAAGAAGCAUUUAAUACUCUUAAACGACUUACGCAGUGUUCAGUCCAUACAGACAAAAAGAUAAAAUACUUGUGCAAAGAUCAUGAUCAAUUGUGUUGUAAUGAGUGUGCUAUUGUCAGACACCGUAAAUGCGAGGAUGUUGUUUCUCUUGCAGAAGAAAUGGAAAAGGCCAGCCAAAACGCAUCCACUUCCACUGAAGAUGUUUUAAAAGAGUUUAACAAGCACGCCGAUUUGCUCAUGCACCAUGAAGUGAAAGAGCAAGUGAAAAUAGAUAAAACAAAGGAAGCUUGUACUCAAGCAUUGGAAACAUUGAAGAAAAACAUGGACGCAGCAUAUCAAAGAUGA